AUGGCGUAUUCUUACAACGUGGUGGAAGCGCCUUCCGACGACGCACCUAGCGUGCAACAUGAAAUCCGACGCGCAAAAAAAUUUCUCCAGAAACACAGCGCAGAAUCGGGUGACAGCUUAUACGAUCACUUGACCGAGCUUUUAGCGAAGGUAUUGGCCGAACGGCCGCGGAACGCUGUCGACAUCUUCGAGCAGUACAGCAGGAAACUGAAGGAGGAGAGGUUUAAGACUAAGACUGAUCAUCUACGGGAUCUGUACACACCACCCGUGCAGUACGAUGACGCCAAGAAGCUCAUUAGACUCUUCCAGCAGAUCGACGGGCAGGAUGAGAGGGAGAAGAUGGCUGAUGAGGGGGAGGACAAGGACGACAAGAAAAAGAAGUGUCCCAACAUGCUGGAUCUUUUCUUCUACCUCGAGCAGACGGGCGUGGGAUUGCCGCGACACGAGAUGGUGUUGCUUAAUUUAUCGAUUCGCAAGCUCGCCUCCGAGGUACCGGUUGAAAAUAUUAGGUUUUGGGGCAAGGUACUCGGAAAACCUAAAAAUUAUUACGUAGUGGAGGCGGAACUUCAGGCGGACGAAUUAACCCGAAGAUUAGAGGAGGAAGCUGAAAGAGAGAAAGAGGAAAGGGCGAAGGUAGAAAGCAAGGCUGAAGCCGCGGCGAAACUCGCGGAGGAAGAAGCCACGACGGGGAACGAAGUCGCGGUUGGGGCCGCCGGAGCGACGGAAAUCCUGCGCGAGGACGAAGGAAGCAGAGUUUCGGAGUUUGUCCUUCCGUCGCUGCCUGUUAAUCCGUGGCAACCGGUGACGGAAGUGCCGGCCGAGAGGAUCGGGAGUGGUCUCAAUAAAAAGGUGUAUUUUGUAUGCAACGCGCCUGGGCUGGACGAGUGGAUCGAACUUCCGGCGGUUACGCCGCAGCAGAUAGUAAUUGCACGACAGAUUGUCCGAUACUGCACGGGAAACUUGGAGACAACGAUUCGCAGUUUCCCGCCGUUUCCCGGCACCGAGAAAAAUUACCUCCGCGCGCAAAUUGCAAGGAUCAGCGCGGCCACCCAUAUAUCGCCAAUCGGCGCCUUCACACUUGCCGGAGAGCUCGAGGACGAAGAGAUGGAGGAGGAGGAGAGGAGGAUGGAGGGUAACCUCUUGGAGAACGCGAACUACGAACCGCUGCCGAUCGAGGAUCUCGCGGAUCCCUCGAACUGGUGCCACCACAGCCCGUAUAUCCUCGAGCAAGGACGAACUGUUUGGUGGAGUCCCGAGAGAGAGGAAGAGAUUGCGAAUGAGGAGCUCGACGAAGAAGAGGAGGCGGAGGAGGACGAGACCAGGACGACCAAGGCCGAGGAGGCCGAGAAACAAAGAGAGAUCGGGCCGCCUCUGUUAACUCCUUUAUCCGAGGACGCGGUUGUCGACUUGGUGAUGCCAUGGACCGCUAGACAAUCGUCACAGAUACAACCGGACAUCGCGGUAGCUGCGGUCAGAUCGAACGUCUGGCCGGGGGCUUUCGCGUUCGCAGCCGGAAAACGCUUCGCCAACGUGUACAUCGGCUGGGGCCACAAAUACAACGCGUACAACUAUAGUCCGCCCAAUAUGCCGCCCGUCCAGGAUCAGUACAAGAUCGGGCCGGAGGUCAUGGAAAUUCGUGAUCCCACUGCUGAAGAAGAGGAGGCGGAUCGAAUCGCACGUUCACCACCGCCGCCGCCGACGUUACCAACCGCUGAAGAAGAAGAAGAGGAAGAAGAAGAUGAUGAUGAGGAAGAGGAAAGGGAUGAAUAA